AUGUCAAAUAUUUUCGUGUCGGAUCGAAAAAUCGAGCUGUCGGCGAAAUGUUUUCGUGUUAGCUCGACGAAAGGUCACAAGGGUCAACAGAUACAUCACCCAACCGUGCCGGAGACUAUAAAAUUUAAUAUAACUCAUGGAUUCCCGAAGCUUCCCAAGAGCUUUUGGCUUUCGUUUGAGGCAACAAUGUCCAGGAAUACAAAAGUAAUCAUGUCGAUUAUGCGUACCAGGACCCUACAGGAGGUGUUUGAGGAGUCUAAGCUUGUGAUUUCUCAGCUCACAGAGGAAGAAAUUCACGAGUUCAAAGAAGCAUUUUUGCUCUUUGAUAAGGACGGAAAUGGAACAAUUUCGAUUAAAGAGUUGGGUGUCGCAAUGAGAGCUUUGGGGCAGAAUCCUACGGAACAGCAAAUGAUGGAAAUCAUACACGACGUGGAUCUCGACGGCAACGGGCAAGUCGAGUUCCCAGAAUUUUGCGUUAUGAUGAAAAGAAUAAUGAAAGAAACAGACUCUGAAAUGAUCCGAGAGGCGUUCAAAAUUUUCGAUCGAGACGGGAAUGGUGUCAUCACAGCCAAUGAGUUUAAGCUUUUCAUGAUCAACAUGGGAAUGUGUUUCGACGAAGUUGAAGUCGAGGAAAUGAUGAAUGAAGUGGAUUGUGAUGGAAACGGAGAAAUCGACUACGAGGAGUUUGUCAAAAUUUUCAGCUAAUUGCCAAACUACUACAACACAAAAAUGGAAAAAUAUAUCCGCCAAAAAUAAAACCUUUUUUCCAAAUGGAUAAAACAAUCAAAUUUUUGCGGUGUGUGUGUGUGUGUGCUGGUUUGAUAAUAAGUUGUACAUAUUGACGUUUGCUAAAUUGUUAUAUUAUAUUAAUAUAUAAUUGAAUAAAAACGACUCAUUGGUU